AUGACCAGCCACGUGACUGUGCGAUGGUACGUGGAUGACCAAGAGGUGCCCGACACAUCACAAUCUGGGCGCUUGAAUGUCGUGGGCGACAACUUCCCGGUAUUGAAACCAAUGGGAAGAUUGAAACACCCCAGGGCUGACGGCAGCUUCGUGUUGAGCAAGCUGACCAGUGAGCCCCAUUUGGAGGACUGUACAGUGACCAUCUCCCAUGGCAACUUCCAUGGUCGCAUUACUUUCGAGACCAGAGAGGAAGCGAUGGCGUUCUUGCAGACUGCCCUGAAGAAGGUUGCGAAGCAAACUCCGCCAGCUGUUCCUGCCGCUGUGGUGCCCGUGCCGAAGAAGACUGGGACCCAGAAGAGGCGACAUAUUGAUGAAGCUUUCACGGAGAUGUCCCUGCAUGGGCGCUCGGAGCUGCUGGGUGUCCAACACAAGGUGGAGGAAGUGUCUUCAAAGCGGAGAGCCAUUGACUCAAGGACGACCAGCUCACCGGAACAGACCUCGAAGCGGAUUGCUCGCAUUCCGAUCCGUGCGCCAGCUCCGUCUUCAAGCAUCUUGCAACGCAGACCAUCGAAGACACCUCAGGACUCCUCUCUCUAUGGCGGCUAUCGCCCCGCCAUUUCGUUCGGCCUACAAAACCUGGGCAACACGUGCUACCUGAAUGCCAUUACUCAGGCGCUGGGCUCUUUGCGGGAGUUCGUGGAGGACCUGCGUGCGAUGCCAAAGCACUUGCCAGAUGUCAGCAACGGCGCCCUCUUUCGAUGCACGGCCGGGAAUGCCUGUGGUCGCAUUGGUUUUGGAAGUGCUUGGUCGGAUUUGCAGCGCCAAGCUCCAGCGUCGAUCUACACGGGGCGUGUGGCGUGUGCCAAAACAACAAGAAUCAAGUCCACAUACUCAGAGAAGCUAGUGGAGCCAGCCAUCGACCAGCCCCUGGCCAGACAAGAGGUCGCCCACUCUGCGGCCUCAGCUGCUUUGGAAGCGCUUCAAGCCGGUGCCAAUGCAACCACCGUUCUGAUGCCCAGUGGGGCUGGCGACCUGGACGUUGGCCUUGAAAUCGUGCGGGGCUUCAUCGACACCCUUGACUCUGGGUCGCCGUUGCGCAUCAUGGUGACGGUGCCAAGCUCGCUUGCCUGGCUGGCACGUGGCAUGUAUGAAAGUAGCUUUGGAGAGUCCCUCACUUUGAUAGAUCUGGAUGAUAGGGGCGUAUCAAGAGAUCGGAUUGCCAGAACUCUGCAGAAGAAGUCCUCCAUGAUCUUCCUUUGUCCUUAUGAUAUGAUCUUGAAGUUUGGCCUUGCUUUCAUUGAAUCCAAGAUCAAGAUGCCGUUGGAUUUGGUGGUCUUUGCAACUGCACAUAUCCUGCGAGCUGGUGGCUUUCACAGCUUAGGUGCACGGGACGACGUGAUUCCGGCCGCCCGACGGGUGUUUAUUUCAGCCAGACACCUGGUGGGUAUGGCACCCGGGGCGCUCUUGGCGCCAGGGCAAGAGCCAGGUUAUCCGAAGGAAGCGCCACAAAGCAGGUUUGGGCAAGAAGUCUUCAGGCUCAACCAUGAGGAUGCAGAGAAACGUGAGCUCACGGUCCCUAUUCGCUUGCAGAUCAUCCAGUCGGUCACCGUGCGUGAGGUGGCCGAAGAGCUAGCAGAGUUGCAUGAGAAGCUGGGCAUCAGGUCGAUUCACAUUGUGCCAAAACAGCCUAGGCUGGCGGUUGCGCUAGAUGAAUCUCUGGGGAAGUUGACAGGCGAUUGUCGAGUGACCUCUGGGGAAAGCUCGGAAGCUUCAUUUGAUGCUUUGCUGGUUGCAGGGACCCGUCCUGGGUAUGUAGCCCUAGCGCAGGAAUUUCCGCGCCUCGCCAAUUGGCAGCCUGGGAAAACAGCAGGUCUCCUGAUUGUGGCUGGGGCUGCCAAGCACCAUGCAUCUGCUGCAUGGAUGGCUUUCGCCAUCGAGGAUGCCCGUGCUGAAGAGGCGUUGCAGAGAACCUCCGUAGAAUAUGGUCGCAUCGACCGGCGAUUGAAGUGGAACCAGCUACCUCUGGAAUUGCGCAGGGUGGUCAAUACAGGCAAUGCCCGCGAUGAAGCGGAAGUUGCCAUCGCUCGGGGUGUGGAGAUUCUUGGAGAUCCUUGGGACAUGUGGCUAGGCCGAUUGUUGGCCUACAAAGACCGGCACAGCAGUGCCAAUGCCCGCUUUUUGGCCACGCAAUUUGGCCAUGAACUGGGAUCAUGGCUUCAAGACCAACGUCAAGCGUGGGAACAAGGGAUCUUGCACGAGAGGAAAGUGGCACGAUUGAAAGCCCUUGGAGUGAUGCUAGACAAAGAGGCUGAGACCUUUGCAAAGGGCUUGUCAGAGCUGCGGACCUAUGUGGCCCAACAGCGUUCAAGCACGGUGCCUGCCAGCUGGGUCACCGACUCGGGCUUUAUGCUGGGUGACUGGGUGGUGGCGCAGCGCACCGCCCAACGGCGAGGCAAACUCAGCUUGCAGAAGCAGUUGCUCCUGAAGGAGGCCUUCUUUCUGUGGCAGCCAUCUGAAGCCCCAUCAUGGAUGUUCGAGCAUCCUUCCGAUCCUGAGGCUGCAGAGCUCACUCACUCGAUUGAAGAAGAACUUCGUAGCGUGAGAUGGCAAACCAUCACCGAGCGCCGCGGGAUUUUCCGCGCGAUGGUCUUGAAGCACCAUCCGGACAUCUCCGAUUCCAAGUACGCGAACGAUGCCAUUCGCUUCCUCUCGGAGGCAAAAGACUGGCCGAUGUUUCAAGGCAAUGUCCAGCAAGAUGCCCAUGAGUUCUUCCUGGAGUACAUGAAUCAGUUGCACGACGAGAUGUUGAAGCUUCACCAGGGUUGGGUGGCGAAGAACAGCCAUGCUGCCAUCGAGGAGCCUGCGCUGGCGACCCAAACCCACUUUGACGCGGAGGUGCAGCGACAAUUGAGCUGCGUCCAGUGUGGCCAGGCGCGAACCGUCACAGAGCGAUUUCGAGAUUUCUCCCUGGAUUUCAGUGGUGAGGCCAUUGCCCCGGAGCGGCUGCAGGCCAUGCUGCAGAGAUACUUCCAGCCGGAGACCUUGGAGGCCAAGUGUGAGCACUGCAGCGCCGUUGAAGCAAACUUGGACACCAACCUGACAGAUGCUCCUCGGGUCAUGGUCUUACACUUGAAGCGUUUCGUGCCCAACAUUGAGAAACAGUGCUACGAGAAGCAGCACCAAGCGGUGGAGAUACCUACCAUGCUUGACCUUGGAGCUACUCUGAGUAGCAGUAGCGAAGAUGCAUCUCCUCCUCGCUUGCCUGCACGGCCUCUGGCUGCGCCGUCUGUUGAGGCACCUGGCUCGCCCCAGAAGGUGGCGAGCUCCCUGCGCUACAGCUUGCGGGCCAUCGUGGCACACGAGGGCGCCUCGCCCAGGUCAGGCCACUACGUGUGUUAUGCCCAAGCCUCCAGCGGGGAGUGGCGUCUCUAUGAUGACAGCCGGGUCAAACGCUUUGCCCCUGGCGAGGAGCCGCAGAAAGAUUUGGGCCGAAAGGCUUACAUGCUGAGUAAGAGUGGCUAAUGGUCAUCCUGGUGGUGACUUCCAGUUUUAUGUCCUGAACAGUCCUGAUGGAAAGAGCCCACCCACUUCAGCUGUGGGAGCGUGAGAAGCGGCUGUAGUCGAGUUGAAACUGCAGUUAAAUGAAACUGGACGUUGGAGGCCAAAGCAGGGGCGAAUGUAGAUGCCUCAAUUGCGGCCCAAAACAAAUCAGCAACAAAAACACCCAAAGCAUCACGCACACUCAAUAGGACGAGUUGCGGAAAACAAUGUGAUUUUUUUGGUGCGACUGGGGGUGUCGCGCUGCCUGGGGUGCAGAGAUGCAUUGCAGGGAGCUUGCCGGUCUCAGCCUUUUGGAUUGAGGUGAUUUGAGCAUAUUUGAGUGUUUUUGCUGAAUGUGCCCAGUUGGAUGCAAGCCAUAUUGUAUCCAGGGGGCGGGAGUCAUUGUCGCAGCCUGCUUGCUUGGCAGUUUGGCAGCUCCUGCGCGACGAGUCAAUGAGAUCCACGUGCUGGGCGUGUAGGGGAGAACCCACGCCAGCAACGCCAGCCGAAAAAUGGGC